AUGAAGGAGAGACCACAAGAUAUCCUUUGCAGGUUCGGGAUUUCAGCCAGGAAUGGCUUCCUUCCAGACGAGAUACCACUACGGCGGCUGUCACAUCAACAUUAUGCCCCUUGGGAAUCACUCGCGAAGAAUCUAUCUGAAUUGAUUGUCAACAAUGAAAUCAGAGCUAAAAUCGAUGCCUUACCAAUACUAGAAACAAUAUAUCUGCGUUCAGAAGCUGAAUGGCAGAGAGCAUAUUCGCUUCUCGCAUUUUGGGCCCAUGCUUAUUUCUGGGGAGGGCAACAGCCUUCGGAGCGACUCCCACCUCAGAUCACCUGCCCACUGUUGCAAGUAUCUUCCCGACUUGGUCUCCCACCCACCGCCACGUAUUCCGCGCUGAAUCUGUGGAACUGGGAGAGGAAGGCCCCGAAUUGUGAAAUCACCGACCCUGAAAAUCUCAGAUCAUUGCAAACGGCGACUGGCACAAGGGAUGAGGAAUGGUUCUAUCUGAUCUCGGUCUCUGUUGAGGCCAAAGGCGGUCCGCUAAUAUUGGCCAUGCUCCAAGCAACGCAAGCCGUUCGUGACUGCAACGACAGACUCUUGGAGUCGUGCCUGCAAACCAUCACGCAGGGCAUCACAGAGCUUGGUGUCCUCUUGAACAGGAUGCGAGAGCACUGUGAUCCUCAGAUUUUCUACCAUGUCAUCCGCCCACUUCUGGCAGGUAGCAAGGGUAUGGCAUCGGCCGGUCUCCCACGAGGUGUCUUUUACGACGAAGGAAAUGGGAAGGGUCAAUGGCGGGAAUACAGCGGUGGAAGUAAUGCGCAGAGCUCUCUGAUUCAACUCUUCGACAUCGUCCUUGGCGUCGACCAUCAUGCUACUGGUGGCUCAAGCUCCAAGGCCGCCAGGACUGGCAGUUUCAUACAGGAAAUGAGAAACUACAUGCCACGAGGACAUCGUGAGUUCUUGGCUUACAUGACAAAGAAAAGCAACAUUCGAGAAUAUGCAUCGAAUGCAAGCACCAGUCCAACAAUCCGCAACGCAUACAAUAAAGCCGUUGAAGCUCUCGUCGCAUUUCGCAACAUUCACAUCCAAAUCGUCGCGGGCUACAUAAUUGCACCGUCUCGCGCCCCCGGAGCCAGUUACAUUGUCCAGAAUCGAACUCUGAACCUGGCCACCGCAUCGACCAGAGGCCAGGAGACGAGUACCAACGAGAAACAACAAUUAGCUGGUACCGGUGGAACGAUGCUGAUACCCUUUUUGAAACGAACGCGAGAUGAAACUGGAGAGGCAGCAGUGGCAAUUUCAUGA